UUUAAGGCUUUGUAUCGUUCGAACAGCUGUGCUAGCAAUAAAGUAGCUCGUGAAAGCACCGUCGUUAUGAAGGCGUCGGCGACACUCAUUUUUCUGUUGUCCUUUCCCUUUUUAUCAACGCCUUUUCGUUUAAGCGGAAACAACAAGGACGGACGUGAUGGACGACUACUAGACCUGACCGAUUUUGAAUCAGGUACGACAUCGCCGUGGAUAGAUGAGUCGGCUGCUGAUGCAAAAUGGCUUAUAGAGGAUUUUACUGCGCCUUUUGACCCUACACAACCUGCCCCUACGCCUUCAUCUGGCACUAAAUAUCUUCGCGUUAAUCGUCCGGCUGGAACUUCCGGUCAAGCUGUUUUGCGUUCGGAACCAUUCGACGUUCAGCCGGGCGACCAAUUUCGCCUAUCCUUCUGGAUAAGAUCAGAUCCUAUUCAAGUUAACAAUAUUCAAAUCUAUUGGUCGAAUAACGGCGUUCAAGAGCGGCUGUUAAGUUUAGUAGAAUAUUCCACACCAACUAAUUUCGAAUGGCGGACGGCAUCGGUCUUGAUUCCUGCUACUGGACCUGUCGAAACACGUCUCUCGAUUUUUGGGUUCUGUAACUCUGGCAAUGUGGAUGCUGUGGCAAUUGAUAACCUCGUCGUUGAGUCGUCAAGCCAAACGGUGCCUCCAUCGUCUACGGUGACCCCUGAUCCAGGCACUGGCACUACAGUACACACCACAGUGUCGACGACAUCAUUCCCAGGCAGUUGUCCCUCAAACCUGGGUGUAAACUCUGUCAGCUGUGCGACCCUUGGAGGAAAAUGUUAUUGUUUCUCGCUUUAUAAGGUUGAUAGCUGGUAUAUCGGCGAUUCCUAUUGUCGCACCAACGGAGCAACUUUAAUCAGUUUAGAAACACAGACUGAAAUUUCGCUCAUUGACAGCUAUAUUACAAGCACUAGCUCUGGUCUGGACCAAUAUGCUUACUGGACUUCGGGACAGUGGGGAGGCAGCGGCUUCACAUGGACUGGAUCUAACCAACCUUUUACUACCACUAACUGGUAUCCUGGACAGCCUGAUGACAUGGCCUCGGGAUAUUGCGUCAGAUUAUUUUACGGUGGCGAUUAUGCUGGACGAUGGAGUGAUAUCAUUUGCAGCGGUGAAGGUUAUACGCCGUUUUAUUUCAUUUGCGAAUUAUGAGCUAUGACGAGUAAGCAUCUUGUUCCUUCGCCUGAAUUACUUAACACAAAAGGUGAGGUCAGAAUCGGCUGUUUCAAAAAAUAAACGUACUAUUUAGCAAAGCAAA